GUGUGAGAGUCCAGAGCCGCCAUUGUCCCCUUUCGUCGGAGGAGAGGCGGGGCUUCCGAGCGGCGACUGGACGAUCCCUCAUCCGUUUCGUCCAAUCAGGAGGCAGCCUUCUCCGAAUGCGAAUAGCGCUGGACGGGGAUCUCAGUCAGCGCUGCUGGGAGGAGGGGGUGGAGGAGGAGGAAGGCCGUCCUACCCCAGCUCCUCCGACCGACUCUGUCACACACCGGGAAACGGGGGCCCCGCAGGGGUUGCUGACGUUCGGCACAGGGAAGAUGGCGAUCACAGCGGACAGUACCGGCAGGAUGGGAUUUCUAAUACUUAGAAUGGCUCUCCGAUUCACCUUCAUGGUCGUUAACAACAUGGUCGCUAUCCCGUCCUACGUAUUAUAUUUAAUAGCUCUGCAGCCGGUCAGAGUUAUAGACAGAAAACUGUUCUGGCAUAUUGAAGGAGUCAUGUUUAAAUGGCUUUUAGCGAUGGUUGCAUCCUGGGGCUGGUCCGCUGGGUAUACAGUUGUUGAAUGGGGAGAUGAUGUCCAUUCGAUUUCAGAAGAUGAAGCGGUGAUGUUGGUGAACCAUCAAUCAACAGGAGAUGUCUGCACCCUCAUGAUGUGCCUUCAGGACAAGGGAAUGGUUGUACGACAGAUGAUGUGGCUUAUGGACCAUAUAUUUAAAUAUACAAAUUUUGGUAUUGUAUCGCUAGUACACGGAGAUUUCUUUAUUCGACAGGGCAAAGCCUAUCGUGAUCAACAGCUUGUGUUGCUCAAAGACCAUCUUGAGAAAUACUACAGGAGCCGGGAUCGUAAAUGGAUCAUUUUGUUCCCAGAAGGAGGCUUUCUCAGGAAAAGAAGGGAAACCAGUCAGUUGUAUGCCAAGAAAAAUAGCCUUCCGCAUAUUACCCACGUUACCCUGCCAAGACUGGGAGCUACGCAAAUUAUACUGAAUACACUACUUGCUCAGCAGGAAAAUGGAACCCCUGCAGCAGGAAACACAGAGGUAAAAGAAAGAAAACAAAAAGGCCUGCAGUGGGUGAUAGAUACAACCAUCGGCUACCCUAAUGCCCACCCCAUUGACAUCCAAACCUGGAUUCUGGGCUACAGGCAACCCACAGUCACACAUGUCUAUUACAGAAUCUACCCAAUCAAAGAUGUGCCCAUGGAAACAGAAGCCCUGACAGACUGGUUAUACAAACGAUUUAUUGAAAAGGAGGAUCUCUUGGCACAUUUCUACGAAACAGGUACUUUCCCCCCUUUGAAGGGCCAAAGCAAAGCCAGCUCAAGGGAGAUGACCCUCAGCAACACAUGGCUUUUCCUUAUACAGUCUCUGGCCUUCUUGUCGGGCUACAUGUGGUACUGCCUUCUCCAAUAUUUGUAUCGAUCUCUAUUUUAAAGCUGGACGGGAAUUAAGGACUCAAAUGUAGGAAGUUCUGAGCUCUUGCGGGAGAGCGCCACGUUAUCUGUGUGAAUGUGAAUACGCCACAGUCGAGAAAAUAUCGGAUUUUUUUGUUUUGUUUCUAGAUUAUUUUUAAUUUGCUUUUUACAUCCUUAUUGGGUCUGUUUUAAAUGAAGAAACCUAUGGAUCAGUGUCGGCGACUUGCUCAUUUUAAGGAAAGAAGGAAGAUCUUGUGGAUCAGUAAUGGAACGGAACAUGUCUAAAGCUUUCAUUUUAGGCAAAGGACAUCUACAAUUGAUGUUACCAUUAGCAAGACAUACUUUAGGGGGACAGAAGGCUCCCCAAGCUCAUCAUGGUCAGAUAUCACAAAUCAUGGUGAAGAUGUGAGUCAGGUAGGUGGAACCUGGCUGUACAUGGAGACAUUGGACUAUUGACCAUUCAUAUCCACACAUGUGCCCAGCAGGGUCCAGAAGCUGAGAUCACUAGCGCUCGUCACUAAGAAAUCACGCAACCAAUUGAAAUGAGACAGGAAGUUCGUUGCCAUUUUUAUGUUUACACAAAGCACCUAGUUUACCUGUCUCCUGCUUCACGAGGAUAAAUGUCAGCUCACUUGUCAAGAUUCAUCAUCGUAUAUAUAUUUUUUUUUGUUCAUUUUUGUAUGUGAAUUUUAACAGUGUAUUUUUUUUUUUUUAUUAAUUUCCUCUAAUUGCACUUUUUAAGAUGUAGUUAAAAACUGUAAACAAUUUUGUGCUAAAUCUUAAGCCCCCAGAAGAUGUCGGAUUUGCUGAUAGUGAGAAAAGGCACUGGUGAAAAGCCGAGUCUAAUGUCUGCUCUGUUACAAGGUUCUUUAAUCUGCACUUUUCCAGCUGCUGCAGAACUGAAUGGCGCUCGGGAUGGGAGCUGAUGUUCAGCAGCAGCUUGGGGGAGUAUAGGUUGGUAGAUUGCUGCCCCGUUAGCUGGUUCAUUAUUCCACAUUGGAGACCACUACCCUAUGAUCUGGUUGGAGAUCCCUGCCCACUCUCCUUAGACCAGCUUGGAGGCCUUUGCCCUAUUGCCCAGUUGAAAGCCACUGCCAUAUAAACCUUUGGAAGUAACUGCCCUGUGACUGGUUAGAAGAAUUUUAAGAAAUCUAAUGCCAAAUCUAAACAGCCGAGGUGCAAAGAGCUCAUCUAUAGACAAUAGAAUCUGCUUCUCACUCAUUGUAGGCACUGCCCAUUGGUUAAAGCACCAUGUGUGCCAUAAUCCUGACGCUGCUUUCUUGAGAUGGGGCAGGUAAAAGACUGAGGGCGAGUGGUUACGGGUGUGUUAGAGAGUAUUUGUACAUUAUAAAGAUAAAAAAGCCAAACGUUGCGUAGAGCUGGUCCUACAUGAAAGGAUCUGGUUGAGUAGAUCAGAAACCUAAUUGUCCAAUUAUCUCUCCAUGUGUAGGCAGUGGCAGACCAGAAUGCAGGUAUGGGAUCCGUUAUCCAGAAACCCAUUAUCCAGACAGCUCAGAAUGGCCGUCUCCCUUAGACUAAAUUUUAUCCAAAUAAUCCACAUCGUUUUAAAAAACGAUUUCCUUUUUCUCUGUAAAAGUACCUUGUACUUGAUCCCAACUAAGAUAUAAUUCAUCUUUUAUUGGAAGCAAAACCAGCCUAUUGGGUUAAUUUAAUGUUUAUAUGACUUUCUAGUAGAUAGGAUAUUAAGAUCCAUAUUACGGUAAGAUACGUUAUCUGGAAAGCCCCAGGUCCCCAGCAUUCUGGAUAAAAGGUCCCAUACCUGUACUGAAAAUACAGUCUGCCAACUGGUCGGUGCCCAUUUUGCUCACCGUCCAAUCAAAUCUGCUGCCUCACUGGAGAGUAGUCGGGCAUCUAUAGGUGUGGCCAGAUUUCAUUUCAGAUCUCACUGCCAAACAGAUACGAUUGCACGGGAAUUGGCUUGGCAAGCAUAGGUUUAACCAAAAUAUUCUGAAAAGUGUUCGGUGUCUCAGCAAUGGAAUGAGAGGCUUAUCUACAAAAUAAGAUGUUUAAAUAACAUGGCACUGUGGAUUAAUUGCUUUUGCACGAAUGAGUGGGACCCUGCUGAGUUCUCUGGAGAAGUAACCAAUACACAGCUUCCAUAGGCUUAGUUUUCCCAAGUCGCCCAAAGUUUCCUCGUGAGGAAAUUACGGGCGACUUCGGAAAACAAAGCGCUCCAUGUGCCUGCCCCCAGGCGAUUUUCAUUUUAGCCGGCAGAAGGCUGUUAGGGAAGAUUAGUCACGUGUGUGGCCAGACCCUUAUAGCAGAGAUUCCCAAACUGUGGGACCAGCCACCCUAUCUGUUGGGGGUUUGGGGUAGUGACUAAUUCCUUUUCUGUGUUCCCAGGGUACUAUAGCAGGGCGACUCUUAGAACAAUGUGUAUAUAUGUAUUUUGUAACCUUAUUAUCAGCUGAUAAUGGGCCAGGCAACCUGAGACUGCAAAGGGGACGUGAACCCAAAAAUCCUUGUAAUCCUUUGCUUUGGGAUCUUUUCAAGGAAAAAUAAUAUAUUAUCCCGGUGUUAUAUGGCACGCCAGACAAAUGCAAGCUGUAAUGAUGUCCGCUCUUAUGGACUUGCUAUGGACGGAUGAAAGGGAAGAAUUUAUUUUUGUAUCUAUUUGCUGUUGCCAGAGAGAUUUUGUCCUGUUAAUAUAUUUGAUGGAUUUCCGGGUUCUUUUUCGUCCCUAGUAGGGACUCGGCACUGAUUCCGCAACAAUGUCUGUGCUUCACCCCUGAGAGCGAAGAUGGGAACAUGGAGUAACGGGUAAUAAGUCUGCUUCCAGGUCCAGCAUUUUACUGAAUAAAGCAAACAUCUGAUUUGUUACUAGACCUGGAUCAGCCUUUGUGCCUGAUACUUCAUUGUCGCUUAGUAAGUAGGGAUUAAUUCCUAUAGGCCGUAUCUCCUUUUCGGUACUUAUGCCUCCCCAACAAGGGGGGAGAUCUCUUUCGAUAACCCUGGAUUUAAUGUGCAGGACUAUGUCCCAACACUGCACCCCGUAGUUGAGGCCUGGAGCGGAGAAGCACUAUAACCCACCCUGCACGCACAGUAUAGCAAAGAACUUGAUAGAAUGUUUAACGAUGAAACCGUCCGUUACGGAGAUUUUAAUGAGAGAUAUCGGAGAUGAUUGUCCUGUAAAUGCAAACAAUUUACUAAAUGAAUACAUUUAUACACAAACAAAACUGGAUUCUUUAGCCUCCUCCUCUAGCGCUGAUUGUUCAGGCCUCAUUCACACUCGUGGUCUGGCUGGACUGGCCGACUGCUCUGAAUAAAUGAAAGCAAUGGAAACGAGAUCUUCUAUCGCUUCUUCAGACUAAACUGCCCCAUAUUUGCCUAUGUCUUGGCCUAGCCAAAUAUUUGCAUCACACGCAACAACUCUUGGGGGGUUAUUAGUCCGAAUGCUCAAAACUCAAAAGAUUUUUAAAAAAAUUGUGAUUUAUUCUACCCCAAAGCUGCUUAAAGUCCAAAUCUGAAAAUACUCCAUCUCCGAGCUGUCGGGGGUCUGUAGAAGUCAAUGGCAAAGGUCAUAUUUCAAAUGUGAAGAAAUCAUGGUCCUGCGCUGAGUUUCGGACAAAAAAAAUAAAAAAUCGUGGGUCUUGCAGCAAACACUUUUUAGAGCGAUUUCACGAAAAAUUUGUGUUUGGCAAAAACCUGAAUUUUUCGAUUUUUUUUCUGAACUGAUUUUAUUAGGGAUGCACCGAAUCCACUAUUUUGGAUUCGGCCGAACCCCCGAAUCCUUCGUGAAAGAUUCGGCCGGAUACCAAACCGAAUCCAAAUACUAAUUUGCAUAUGCAAAUUAGGGAUGAGAAGGGGAAAACCAUUUUUACUCCCUUGUUUUGCCACAAAAAGUCACCAAACUUCCCUCCCCGCCCCUAAUUUGCAUAUGCAAAUUAGGAUUUAGAUCCGGUUUGGCCCGGGAAGAAGGAUUCGGCCGAAUUCUGCUGAAAACGGCCGAAUCCAGAACCAAAUCCUGGAUUAGAUACAUCCCUAGAUUUUAUCAAGUUUUUUCAAUGACAAAUAAGGUCAAAUCAUGGAUUCUUGUUUGUUCAGACUUUUUUUUUACUUUGAUAAAUAACCCCUUGAGGAGAGUUGCUAGUGUGUACAAGCCCAUAGACUUCAGCGUGUUUCAGUUCUUUCAUCCUGUGACACGAGCUUUGCCAGUCCUAGCACGUCACUAGUGUUAAAGAGGCCUGCAUGUUUCUAUGUGGACUAAAGAGAAUGACAGUUUUCCCUUAACUUUCUACUUUCUUUCGACCAUUGUUGAACUACAACUGCCAUGUUUUCGGGGAGUUAUGGUUGUGCAAUUGAUGAAAGACUAUAUAUCGCAUUUCCCUGACUUUUGUAAGCAAAAGAGCAAUUGAAGAAACCAGGUAUUUGCCAUAUGAAAAGAAUAUAUGAGAACGUCUGUUUUAAUUUUUUUCUUAUUUUUGCCAACCAUGAUUGUGUUUAUGGAUCGUAAGCCAAAUGCCAAUGUGUAUCUGAUCAUAUGUUUUGGAAGUGUGACCUACUCUUUUGUACUUAAGAAAUUAAAGACUUAUUGUACACAA